UCCUUACUGCUCGCAUUGAGAAAGAGCAGCACGAUGGAAGCUUCAGUCGGACACCCUCAGAAGGACGCUAGUGCCCCUCCUUAUUACCCUGCUACGGUAGUACAAGUUGAACAGGAUCCAACGAGCGUAAAAGACCAUGUGUUGUGGUCUCUGUUCAGCUUCGGCUAUUUAAAUUGUUGCUGCCUUGGACUCGUCGCCUUGUGGUAUUCCAUUAAAUCCAGAGAUCAAAAGCUUGCAAAAAACUUGACCCUGGCCACUGGUUAUGGAGCUUCGGCGAAGCGUUUCAACAUUGCUGCAACAGUCCUGUCAGUCAUUGUGUUUAUCAUCGUAAUUGCAAUUUAUGCAACCACGAUAGCAGCAGCUGUAUCUCAAUUCAAAGGUCCACACUGAAAGAAAGCGAGAGAGACCCUUAAAUGCAAGAUAACGUCUGUCAUCCUGUUAAAUGAAAUGUAUCAAGCCAGCCAUGUGAGAAAUACUACUUCCCCUCACUAUUGUAUCUUGCACUGCUAUGGCGCUUAAUCAAUGAAUGCUGUUUUUUUGCACUACAUUGGUUUACUUCUUAUAUGAUCUUCUAACUGCUUGCCUGUUAUAAACUUUUGCAUUAAAAACCCAAUGACCGACAA